AUAAAAUCAGACCAUUCAUAUUGGCCUCUUUUCUUUUAUUGUUAAAUUAAGAUAAGCAAGUAAUCCUACAAUGCGUGGUGUUCUAUUCAUUAAAUAUGGCUCAACAGAUGAAGCCCUUCAGUAUAAAGAAGAUAUCCCAAGUCCCAAAAUCAAGAAUCCACAUCAAGUUCUUAUAGAGAUUAAAGCUACUGGUAUAAACCCUGUUGAACUUAAAGCCACAACCGGUUCUAUGAAACUCAUGACCUCCAUGGUCGUCUCUUUUCCUGGUAUUCUCGGUGCUGAUUUUGCUGGUGUGAUCGUGGAAAAGGGACAACAGGUUACUGACUUUGAAGUUGGAGAUGAAGUAUUUGGCUGUUUGCCUAUACCUUUAGGACCUAAUGGAACUUAUGCCGAGUAUACAGUUGCGGAUGUAAGGCAUUCAGCUAUUGCUAAAAAACCAGGGGAUCUAUCUUUUGUACAGGCCGCAUCGGCUGGUAUUGCGGUAUUGACAGCUUAUGACGGUAUUGUCAAGUUUGGUAAUAUAACUGACCAAAACAAGUCUGAAAAGAGAAGAGUAUUGGUCAUUGGUGCCUCUGGUGGUGUAGGAAGCUAUGGCGUUCAGCUUGCAAAAGCAGUGAACCCUGAUAAUUAUGUCGUUGGUAUUUGCAGCUCAAGAAAUGCGGAUUUUGUCAAGUCUCUUGGAGCUGAUAGCGUUAUUGACUAUAGCAAUGCUGAAGAAUACAGCUCAUUUUUACAAGACCGAAAUGAGCCUUUUGAUAUCAUCUUUGACUGUGUCGGAGGUGACGAUUACUACCAUAAACUAGCUCCUCUUUUAAAGCGUCAUGGUGUUUAUUCUACUGCUGUUGGACCUAUUAAACAUAUUGGGUCAGAAAAUAUUUCUAUUCCAAACCUUUUCAGCACUGCUGGCAAGCUUACGUACAGGAAACUAUUUGCUCCUCAUACAUAUGGUGUAAUCUUUUCUCUUCCUCACUCAAAGUUCAAGACUCAUAUCGCACCACUUUUUGAAUCAAAGGCUCUCAAGGGUAUGGUAGUGGAUGAUAGCAAUGUCUUUUCAUUAAGAGAUGUACAUAAGGCGCAUGAGAAACUGGCAACACAUCGAGUCAGGGGUAAAAUAGUACUUGAUAUCGAACAAUAAAGAACCUUAUUGCAAUAAGCAUUUUACUUUUUAUUUAAAAAGAUUGUAUACAUCAUUUCCAGAAAGAAAUGUCGCACUGG